AUGGAGCUGCGGGCGCUCGUCACGGCGCUCAGCCUCGGCCUCAGCCUCUGCUCCCUGGGGCUGCUCGUCACGGCCAUCUUCACCGACCACUGGUACGAGACCGACCCCCGGCGCCACAAGGAGAGCUGCGAGCGCAGCCGCGCCGGCGCCGACCCCCCGGACCAGAAGAACCGCCUGAUGCCGCUGUCGCACCUGCCGCUGCGGGACUCGCCUCCUUUGGGGCGCCGGCUGCUCCCGGGCGGCCCCGGGCGCGCCGACCCCGAGUCCUGGCGCUCGCUGCUGGGGCUCGGCGGGCUGGACGCCGAAUGCGGGCGGCCGCUCUUCGCCACCUACUCCGGCCUCUGGAGGAAGUGCUACUUCCUGGGCAUCGACCGGGACAUCGACACCCUCAUCCUGAAAGGUAUCGCACAGCGAUGCACAGCCAUCAAGUACCACUUUUCUCAGCCAAUCCGCCUACGAAACAUUCCUUUCAAUUUGACCAAGACAAUACAGCAAGAUGAAUGGCACCUGCUUCAUUUAAGAAGAAUCACUGCCGGCUUCCUGGGCAUGGCCGUAGCUGUCCUGCUCUGUGGCUGCAUCGUGGCCAUGGUCAGUUUCUUCUGGGAGGAGAGCCUGACCCAGCAUGUGGCUGGGCUCCUCUUCCUCAUGACAGGCAUAUUUUGCACCAUUUCCCUCUGCACUUACGCCGCCAGUAUCUCCUAUGAUCUGAACCGGCUCCCGAAGCUGAUUUAUAGCCUGCCUGAUGAUGUGGACCACGGCUACAGCUGGUCUAUCUUUUGCGCCUGGUGCAGUUUAGGCUUUAUUGUGGCAGCUGGAGGUCUCUGCAUCGCUUAUCCAUUUAUUAGCCGGACCAAGAUUGCACACCUAAAGUCUGGCCGGGACUCCACUGUCUGACUGUCCGCCGACCGGUUCACUGCUCUGUGGCCCAGCCACAGUGCAGAUGACUCCUGAGGGGAGGGAGCCGGAGAUCACGUCAGGAUCCCAAGCACAAAGCGAUCAAAACAUUCCAGCCUGUUGCCUGCCAACCCUUCCUGGAUGACUGAUAUAAAAUCAUGCAAAACCUCUCGACCUUUCUAAGGACAAGAAUACUGUGGAUUCAAGUGCUUUAAUGACUAUUUACGCUUUGACUGUGUGAAGUGGGGAGCAGUGCCAUGGAAUAUCUCUAGGUUCAGGAAAGAGGAGACAGCAAUGGAAAACUUUGUUUUCCAUUAAUUUCAGCAAGUUUGUAUAUAACAAUCACCUGAGAGUCAUUUUUAUUUGCAGAAUGAUUCCUAACAAAGCGAGUACAAU